UUCUCUCUUCUCUUCUGUUCUGUUCUCUUCUGUUGCACUUCUGCCCAAUAGAAGAAAGCAAAUAACAAAUGAAAUUGGCUUCAACGAAUGAAUGAAAAGGGUUGUGGUGCUGGUACCCUUAACUUUCCUUCUCAUUAAAAAAAAUCCCACUUCCCUCGCAAUUUAAAAACGUCUCUUCUUUCCUCGCCGCAAAUGCACUUCGCGGUUCCCAUUCAAAACCCUCCUUUCUUUACUUCCCUUCUUUCUCUUGAGCUUCAAGAAUAAACUAAUAUCAAACCAAUCAAGUGAGUGAGUGAGUGGCUGGCUGAAUUGGUAAUUUCAGCCAGCCAAUCAGGAACUGACACAUGGAAACUGCACCCGCUUGCUUCUUCUGCGGUGGAAUCCCUGCAACUGCAACUGCCACAGCGACAUCGACUCCGAAUUCUGUGCCUUUCCGUUGUACCGUUAGAGUUCCCUUCUCUUCUUCGUUUGCCUCGCUCUGUCUGUUAGCUCGUACCAGGCACGGUGGCGGCGGCGGCGCUUCUGUUUUCCGCUCUUUGUUCUCGUCGUCGUCUCCGUCGGUCACCGGCCUCGGCCUAAUUCGAAGCGCCGCUAACAGCGAAACGAAGCUCCCGGCUCCAAGUAACGCUAAACGAAGUAGAAGAAGAACGCGAACGCGAACGGUUUCUCUUCCUACUCCUCGGCCUCCGUCUCCGGAGAAAACUAACAGUAACGGUAACGGUAACAGCAAUGAGAAUGGGGAUCCUCUCGGGUGGAAGGAUCUUGGGAAGAGUGUUGUGAGAUGGAUUAGGGAGGGCAUGAGGGCCAUGGCGUUGGACUUCGCGGCGGCGGAGUUGCAGGGGGAAGUGGAAUUCGGUGAGCUGAGUCAGCGAAUGGGGCCUGGUCUGACUUUUGUGAUCGAGGCUCAGCCUUAUCUGAACGCUGUUCCGAUGCCACUUGGGCUUGAAGUGAUGUGCUUCAAGGCCUGCACACACUACCCAACUCUCUUUGAUCACUUCCAGAGGGAGCUUCGGGAGGUUCUCCAGGACCUUCAGAAUAAGUCCUUGCUCCAAGACUGGCGCCAAACGCAGUCUUGGAAGCUGCUUAAAACUCUCGCCAAUUCAGCUCAGCAUCGAGCAGUGGCCAGAAAGAUAGCCCAUCCCCUGCCCAAGACUGUCCAAGGUGUUUUAGGAAUGGACUUGGACAAGGUCAAAGCAAUGCAGCAGAGGAUUGAGGAUUUCACCAACCGCAUGUCUGAACUACUCCUAAUUGAAAGGGAUGCUGAAUUGGAGUUCACUCAGGAGGAAUUGGAUGCUGUUCCUAGGCCUCUGGAUGAUGCUUCCGACCCCUCAAGACCGAUUGAAUUCUUGGUUAGCCAUAGCCAGCCUCAGCAAGAACUCUGUGACACCAUUUGCAACUUAACUGCCAUCAGUACCUCUACCGGACUUGGGGGAAUGCAUUUGGUGUUGUUCAAGGUUGAAGGUAACCAUCGAUUACCACCUACUACUCUUUCACCUGGAGAUAUGGUUUGUGUCAGAACAUGUGACAGCAGGGGUGCAGUUACAACUUCUUGCAUACAAGGAUUUGUGAACAAUCUUGGGGAUGAUGGCUGCAGUAUUAUUAUUGCUCUAGAGUCACGCCAUGGUGAUCCUACAUUUUCCAAACUAUUCGGAAAGAGUGUGCGCAUAGACCGUAUUCAAGGACUGGCUGAUACACUUACCUAUGAGCGCAACUGUGAAGCUCUAAUGCUGCUUCAGAAGAAUGGUUUGCGGAAGAAGAAUCCUUCAAUUGCUGUUGUGGCUACACUCUUUGGAGAAGAGGAAGAUGUCGCAUGGCUUGAGAAGAACAAUUUUGUUGACUGGGAAGAAGAAAAAUUAAAUGGACUGCUAGAAAAUGAAACAUUCGAUAGUUCUCAGCAGCGAGCAAUUGCAUUGGGUUUGAAUAAGAAGAGACCUGUAUUGGUUAUCCAAGGGCCUCCGGGUACAGGCAAGACUGGUUUGCUCAAGCAACUUAUAGUAUGUGCCGUUCAACAAGGUGAAAGGGUUCUAGUGACGGCACCUACGAAUGCAGCUGUUGAUAACAUGGUUGAAAAGCUUUCAAAUGUUGGAUUAAAUAUUGUCCGAGUUGGAAAUCCUGCUCGUAUUUCAAAAGCUGUGGGAUCAAAGUCUUUGGGUGCAAUUGUAAAUGCAAAGCUUGCAAGUUUUCGAGAAGAGUAUGAAAGGAAAAAGUCAAAUCUAAGGAAGGAUCUAAGACUUUGUUUAAAGGACGAUUCACUAGCUGCAGGCAUACGGCAACUUCUGAAACAGCUGGGAAGGUCUCUCAAGAAAAAAGAAAAACAGACUAUGAAUGAAGUUUUAUCUUGUGCGCAGGUUGUGCUUGCGACUAAUACUGGAGCAGCUGAUCCCUUGAUUCGAAGGCUAGAUGCUUUUGACUUGGUUGUCAUAGAUGAAGCGGGACAAGCAAUUGAACCAUCUUGUUGGAUUCCUAUAUUGCAGGGAAAGCGCUGUAUUCUUGCUGGCGAUCAAUGCCAACUUGCUCCUGUCAUAUUGUCCAGACAGGCCUUAGAAGGUGGCCUAGGAAUAUCACUACUGGAGAGAGCUACAGCAUUGCACGAAGGGAUUCUAACCACCAGGCUAACAACACAAUACCGUAUGAAUGAUGCAAUUGCUAGUUGGGCCUCAAAGGAGAUGUACGGAGGAUUGUUGAAGUCUUCUGAGUCUGUCUUUUCCCAUCUUCUUGUAGACUCUCCUUUUGUUAAGCCUACUUGGAUAACCCAAUGUCCACUGCUAUUGCUUGAUACAAGAAUGCCAUAUGGAAGUCUGUCGGUUGGUUGCGGAGAGCAUCUGGACCCAGCAGGAACGGGCUCAUUUUAUAAUGAAGGAGAAGCUGAUAUAGUUCUGCAGCACGUCGUUUCCUUGGUUUAUGCUGGUGUUAACCCAGCUGCCAUUGUGGUGCAGUCCCCUUAUGUCGCUCAAGUGCAGCUUCUGAGGGACAUGCUUGAUGAGGUACCUGAAGCUGCUGGUACUGAGGUUGCAACCAUUGAUAGUUUUCAAGGUCGUGAAGCUGAUGCAGUAAUUUUAUCCAUGGUACGGUCAAACACAUUGGGAGCUGUUGGAUUCCUUGGUGAUAGCAGAAGAAUCAAUGUUGCCAUCACAAGGGCACGCAAACAUGUAGCCGUAGUCUGUGACAGCUCAACAAUAUGCCACAAUACCUUCCUGGCAAGACUUCUGCGUCACAUUCGACACUUUGGUCGGGUGAAGCAUGCAGAACCAGGUAGUUUUGGGGGUUCUGGACUAGGGAUGAACCCCACAUUACCCUCCAUUAAUUAGUGUUGCAUCAAUAGCACUAAAGUUCAUGGCCUUUCACGUGGCCAAAACUUAUAAUGUAUAUAGCAAUUCUUGAAUUUCAUAUUUGUAUACAAAGUACAGCUUGCGCAUGAAAAAUAGCAGAAUGCUUCAUAGCCAAUAUACACAUUGGCAAAAUCUGAUAGGAAUACUUAAGUUUUAAAACAAAUUACUUGUUAGUCACCCCUUGUACUACCAAUUGUGUCGCUUAAUUUUUUGGCGACUAAAAUGCAUUAUAAGACCCAUAUUUUCAUAUAUAAAAGAAAAGU